GUUGGUAUGGUUGGUUUCGCUUUCUUUUUGUGAACGUGACAUGAUGUGUGUGUAAGGGGUGUCUUUGUUUACCCUGAUGCUGUUUCCUUUUCAGCCAGCCUUUCGCUUCUGAACAGAAUAGAUGAUAAACAAGCAAGAAAGGGUAAGGCUGGAGACUGUCAUAUCUCUCUGAGCUCCAAUCCGUUCAGAUAUCCAACCCUGCAUUUAAAAGCACCGGCAUUACAUCACCAAUGUUCCAGUCACAGCGUCAGGAGCGCCGUUUAAUGUUUAAAGGGAGAGAUCAAAACAACUAGAGCGCCGAAUGAAAGAUCGUGGGAUUUAAAACAAAUAACAGGAAUGGCACUUUAAGAUUAUAAACGACCCUUGUCUGGGCAGCAAGAUAUUUGCAAAUAAAAAAUAUAAUGUCAUGGCAGAGGCAAAUCCAAUCGUAUCCGUUCAAGCGCCCGGUGCACCAGACUCUUCUUACGAGGAAUAUGAAUGCAAAAUCUGUUACAAUUACUUCGACCUGGAUCGACGGGCUCCAAAGAUACUGGAAUGCUUGCACACAUUUUGCGAGGAGUGCCUGACCACUUUGCAUUUCAGACAAGACAGACCGUGGCGCAUCAGCUGCCCGGUAUGCCGCCACAAGACACCCGUGCCGGAUUACAGGAUCGUCAACCUGCCCAACAACACCAAAGUGACGGAGGCUUUUCCUUUGUACAUCGAGGCAGACCCUUUACCCCAAGACAGCCUUCCUCCGUACCCUCCUCCCUCUCGCUACCCUGCAGCCCCGCAGCAAGCAGAACCAGAAGCGAGUGAGUCGCAAGCUGCAGCCCCAAUGCACACCCCAAGAACCCACUCCGCAACCACCCGCUACGAGAGCUGCCAGAACUGCAAACGAGCCGCGCUGACGGCGGGCUGUGUCUGCGUUGUGUUCUCCUUCCUCUCCAUGGUCGUGCUGCUCUUCACGGGCCUGAUCUUUGUUCAUAAUUACAACAACCCCCCCUCGCCCAUAGGCCCAAUCUGUCUGUCUAUAGCCAGCAUUCUAGCUUUGUUUUCAGUGGUUGUCACGUGGCUCAUCUGCUGGUUUAAGUAUAAACCUGUUAGUAGCAGCAGACAAGAAAACUGAGUGGGGGCUGUCCAGCGGAAGAAAUACUUGAUUUUUCAUUUUAUCACAACAUCUACAAUAUGGCCUUCUAAAACUGACAUGAUUCAGUAAACACAACUUUUAAACAUCACACAAAUGUUUAUUAAUUGACUGUCACUACCGUACUGGGUUUAUUUUAUUAUU